UCUUUAAUCCGCAUCAAUCACCAAAAGGACCAGUGCUGUUUCUCCCAAAUCAAAGUAAUCAAUGCAUGUUUAUUAUACUUGAAUAGAGAAAGAUCAAGCUUGGCAGUUUCGAGAGAAGCAAUCUAUUUCUAAAAACAGAGGUAUGUAAUUUUUUUGUUUCUGCAAUAUAACAAUGUAAUCAAGCUUGAGUUAUCUUGUUGAUACUAAGCAGAUAAUUUAUUUACAUAAAUGUUUCGAUAUCUAUGGUUGCUCCUGUGAACACUUCUUAAUUCGAUGGUGUAACCAUGACUCCCCCUGGUCUAAUUAUUGGAGUUUCUGAAGCACUCAAAGCUAACACAAAUAAAAAGAAGUUCAACCUUGGAGUUGAGAUAUACCAGACACCAGAACUUCAACCAUAUGUGCUUAAUAUUGUUAAGAAGCUCAUCAGCAAAUACGGUUUAUCAGUGUCACGGAAAAUUGCAUUGCUCAUCUAUUCAGCUUGCUUUCAAGUGAUGAACAAACCAAGCAUAGAACAUCAUCAACAUCAUCCUCUGGAAGGAAAGAGCAAUAUCGCAAAAAAAAAAGAAAAAAGUCUUGACUCAGUGUCGUUGACUUCGUUUUGUACUUUUUGA